GUUUCUCUCCCACCACAGCCUUAAUUUAACUACUUGUUCCUCUUGUGUACAAAAUCGAAAGAAAAAAAAACCCAUAAAGCAAUGGCAUCUCAAACCAUUGAGAGCUACCGCGAGGGCGCCGAGAUCGUCCGCGGCGAUGCUUUGUGCAAGAAGAAGUCUAUAGAACUGCUCGAAGAGCUCAACCUUCCGAAGGGACUCUUCCCUUUGGAAGACAUUGAGGAGUUCGGAUACAACCGCGCCGUCGGGUUCGUAUGGUUAGUUCAGAAGAAGAAGAGAGAGCACACGUUCAAGAAGAUAAAGCAGGUGGUGUCGUACGCCGCGGAGGUGACGGCCUUCGUCGAGAAGGGCAAGCUGAAGAAGGUGAUGGGGGUGAAGGUGAGGGAGCUUCUGCUGUGGCUCACCGUUGUGGAAGUGUUCAUCGAAGACGCUACGAUUGGAAAAAUCACUUUUAAGACUAGCACGGGGCUAUCCGAUAGCUUUCAUGUUUCUGCGUUCGACCUUGGAGAGUAAAGAGAGAGAGAUGCAAUUGCGAAAACGUAAAAUAAAGGAGUUCCUUAAUUAACUAGUAUCA